UGAAUGUGAGCUGCUUUUCCCUUAAUGUGGUGAAAACUGCAAAUGGAUGGAAACAAUGCACAUAGUGAAGACCAUGGUGAUGUCCAAGGGAAAACUUGCUUUGUUGGUUUCAUACUUCUUUCCUGGAAAUCAGUGCAUGAAGGUAGAAGAUAUAUUCAAAGCUUGAUUUAAGAGCUUGAAUGGCAGAUGUAGUCAGGAGACGUGGGUCCCUGCAUGGCCAGGUGGUUGUGGACCAACCAAGCAUCCUGCCAGGGGGUCUGGCAGUGUUUCAUUAGAAGAUGUCUUCAUUAUCGAGAGAGCACAGGAUUAAAAACCACUAAUAAUUAAGCAAGGGAUUAAGUCAUCGUAACUGAUCUCAUGGAAAUCGCCUCCCUGCCUGAGAGCUGGGAGUCUCUUGCACACUGAUGGCUUGGGAAAACUGGACUACGGUGACAGAAUUUGUUUUCAAGGGGUUCACGGAUCACCCUGACCUCCAGGCAGCCCUCUUUGCGCUGUUCCUGCUCAUCUACACCGUCACCCUUUUGGGCAACACGGGGAUAAUCGUAGUCAUCCGAGGUGACCCACGGCUCCACACAUCCAUGUACUUCUUCCUUGGCAGCCUCUCCAUUGUUGACAUCUGCUUCUCCUCUGUGAUUGCCCCCAGGACCUUGGUAAACUUCCUGUCGGAGAGGAAGACCAUUUCCUUCAUUGGCUGCAUGGGCCAAGCCGCCUUCUACAUCGUCUUCGUGACGACUGAGUGUUUCCUGCUGGCCGUCAUGGCGUACGACCGGUACAUGGCCAUCUGUAACCCCCUGCUCUAUUCCUCUGUUAUGACUCGGAGGUUGUGCAUGUGGCUGGUGGUGGGGUCCUACAUCGGGGGUGUCCUGAACUCCAUCAUACAGAUGACCUUCAUCGUCAGGCUGCCCUUCUGCAGCUCCAAUGUCAUCAACCACUUUUUCUGCGACGUUCCUCCCCUCCUGGCUCUGUCCUGUGCCAGCACGUACAUCAAUGAGAUGAUCCUCUUCUCCUUGGCCGGCGUCAUUGAGCUCAGCACCAUCUCCACCAUUCUGGUCUCCUACAUCUUCAUCUCCUUUGCCAUCCUGAGGAUCCGUUCAGCUGAAGGCAGGCAAAAAGCCUUCUCCACCUGCACGUCCCACCUGACAGCGGUGACCAUGUUGUAUGGGACGACGAUCUUCAUGUAUUUACGCCCCAGCUCUAGUUACUCCCUGAACACUGACAAAGUGGUCUCCGUCUUCUACACGGUGGUGAUCCCCAUGCUGAACCCCCUCAUCUACAGCCUGAGGAACAAGGAGGUGAAGGAUGCUCUGAGGAGAACAGCAGAAAGAAUCACAGUCAGGCUCUGAACCUUCCUCAUUAAAACCCGAUACAGGAAUGUGGGUAACACGGGGAUUUGCCCCAGAGGCUGUGGAGCCUCCGCUCGUGGAGAUAGAUACUCAAAAGUUGCCUGGAUGAGGCCUUGAGCAACCCGAUGUGGCUGUGAAGUCAGCCCUGCUUUGAGCAGGACAUAGAACAAUUUUUGGUCAGAGAGGACAUCUAGGAAGUCUCUGGUCCUAUGAAUGGCAAGUUAA